GGGCCAGAGACCGUCCGCGAGACGAGGGGGCGGGGCCUUGAGGCUGGGCUCCUCGACGCUGGUGAAGUCGGCAGCUACCUCCGCUGCGCCCGCUCGGCUUUCCAAGACGCGGUGGGGGCUGGCUUCCUGCUCCAAGCCAAGCGCCGGGCCUUCUACGAUUGCAGGCAGACCAUUGUCCUCCAGAAACGAUGGUUGUCGCUGGCCCCAGCUGGGACUCUGCCAGGCUCCAGUGCUCAGUCUAAGUAAAGGGCCCUCUUCCAGCCCUGCUCUCCAUGCCUGUCAUGGCCACACUCAGCUACCGCCUGCUUGUCUGGGGACACAGGGCACCCAGCCCCAGCCCUGAGAGGUUAAGCCAGGCCCUUUGGCUCCAUUUCACAGGGGCAUUCUGGGCACCCUUUCAGACCAAGAGCAACUGAUGCCAUGGGAGAAGCCUCUGCCCACCUGUUCACUCAUCUGGCACUGCCCGCUCUGAGACCCCUGCAUUGGGUCCCUCUAGAAGUGCCAACCCUGUGAACCCCUCCCCUGUCCCCUGACGCUGAGAAGGCCCUGCCCACCCCCACCAUGUGUGAAGUGAUGCCCACAAUCAAUGAGGGGGACCCCCUGGGGCCUCCCCAUGGCACCGAUGCUGAAGCCAACUUUGAGCAGCUGAUGGUGAACAUGCUGGAUGAGCGGGAGAAGUUGCUAGAGUCCCUUCGCGAGAGUCAGGAGACUUUGGCUGCAACACAGAGCCGGCUCCAGGACGCCCUCCAUGAGCGGGACCAGCUCCAGCGCCACCUUAACUCUGCGCUCCCCCAGGAAUUUGCCACCUUAACCCGGGAGCUGAGUAUGUGUCGGGAGCAGCUUCUAGAGAGAGAGGAAGAGAUAUCCGAGCUGAAAGCAGAGCGGAAUAACACAAGGUUACUUCUGGAACAUCUGGAGUGCCUGGUGUCCCGUCAUGAACGGUCACUGAGGAUGACUGUGGUGAAGCGUCAGGCUCAGUCACCUUCAGGGGUUUCCAGUGAGGUGGAGGUGCUGAAGGCUCUCAAGUCACUGUUCGAGCACCACAAGGCCCUGGAUGAGAAGGUGCGAGAGCGGCUCCGGGCAGCCCUGGAGAGAGUUACCACCUUGGAAGAGCAGUUGGCGGGUGCCCACCAGCAGGUGUCUGCCCUGCAGCAGGGGGCAGGGGUUCGGGACGGAGUGGCGGAAGAGGAGGGGUCUGUGGAGCUGGGACCGAAACGCCUGUGGAAGGAUGACGCGGGCCAGGUAGAGGAGCUGCAAGAGCUCCUGGAGAAACAGAACUUUGAGUUGAGCCAGGCCCGGGACCGACUGGUCACCCUGACUGCAACCGUGGCGGAACUUGAAGAGGACCUGGGCACGGCCCGCCGGGACCUUAUCAAGUCGGAGGAGCUGAGCAGCAAACAUCAGCGGGACCUCCGAGAGGCUCUUGCCCAGAAAGAAGACAUGGAGGAGAGAAUCACUACACUGGAGAAGCGCUACCUGGCUGCUCAGCGUGAGGCCACAUCGAUCCAUGAUCUCAAUGACAAACUGGAGAAUGAGCUGGCCAAUAAGGAGUCCCUGCACCGCCAGUGUGAGGAAAAAGCCCGACACCUGCAGGAGCUGCUGGAGGUAGCAGAGCAGAAACUGCAGCAGACAAUGCGCAAGGCUGAGACGCUACCAGAAGUGGAGGCUGAACUGGCCCAGAGAAUCGCAGCCCUCACCAAGGCUGAAGAAAGGCAUGGCAACAUUGAGGAGCACCUGCGGCAGCUGGAGGGACAGCUGGAGGAGAAGAACCAGGAGCUGGCAAGGGUGCGCCAGCGGGAGAAGAUGAACGAGGACCACAACAAGCGGCUGUCAGACACCGUGGACCGGCUACUUAGCGAGUCGAAUGAGCGCCUGCAGCUCCACCUCAAGGAGCGCAUGGCAGCCCUGGAGGAGAAGAACACGUUGAUCCAAGAACUGGAGAGCUCCCAGCGGCAGAUUGAAGAGCAGCACCAUCACAAGGGCCGCCUCUCUGAAGAGAUUGAGAAGCUGCGCCAAGAGGUGGACCAGCUGAAGGGUCGAAGAGGGCCGUUUGUGGAUGGUAUCCACUCCAGGGCACACCUGGGCAGUGCAGCGGAUGGGCGGUUCUCCCUGAGCACAGCUGCCCAUGCACCUCAAGGUUUGCAUCGUUGCUACUCCUCGGCACUGCGGGAAGAGUCUGCCAAGGACUGGGAGCCAUCUCCACUGCCUGGGGUGCUGGUCCCCGCAGCCACCCCUGCCUUUGACAGUGACCCUGAGAUCUCUGAUGUGGAUGAGGAUGAGCCAGGGGGUCUGGUGGGCUCCAUGGACGUUGUCUCCCCCAGCAGCCACUCAGAUGCCCAGACCCUGGCCAUGAUGCUGCAGGAGCAGCUGGAUGCUAUCAACGAGGAGAUCAGGAUGAUCCAGGAAGAAAAGGAGUCCACAGAGCUCCGUGCUGAGGAGAUUGAGACACGAGUAACCAGCGGCAGUAUGGAGGCCCUAAACCUGACCCAGCUGUGCAAACGUGGUUCCAUCCCCACCUCUCUGACUGCCUUGUCCCUGGCCAGCGCAUCCCCUCCACUCAGCGGCCGCUCCACACCUAAGCUCACCUCCCGCAGUGCUGCCCAGGACCUGGACCGAAUGGGGGUCAUGACCCUGCCCAGUGACUUAAGAAAGCAUAGGAGGAAGCUGCUGUCACCAGUGUCUCGGGAAGAGAACCGAGAGGAUAAAGCCACCAUAAAAUGUGAGACUUCUCCUCCUUCCUCACCCAGGACACUGCAGCUAGAGAAGCUUGGCCACCCAGCCCUGAGCCAGGAAGAAGGCAAGAGUGCUUUGGAGGAUCCAGGCAGCAACCCCAGCAGCAGCAACAGCAGCCAGGACUCCUUGCACAAGGGCGCCAAGCGCAAGGGCAUCAAAUCAUCCAUCGGCCGCCUGUUUGGAAAGAAGGAGAAAGGCAGGCUGAUCCAGCUGAGCCGAGAUGGAGCCACGGGCCAUGUUCUGCUGACAGACUCCGAACUCGGUCUGCAGGAGCCCAUGGUGCCUGCCAAGCUGGGGACCCAGGCAGAGCGGGACCGGCGGCUGAAGAAGAAACACCAGCUGCUUGAAGAUGCUCGCAGAAAAGGAAUGCCCUUUGCCCAAUGGGACGGCCCUACUGUGGUCUCCUGGCUAGAGCUCUGGGUGGGGAUGCCUGCUUGGUAUGUGGCAGCCUGCCGGGCCAACGUCAAGAGUGGUGCCAUCAUGUCAGCCCUGUCAGACACAGAGAUCCAACGGGAAAUUGGCAUCAGCAAUGCCCUACACCGGCUCAAGCUCCGGCUGGCCAUCCAGGAGAUGGUGUCGCUGACCAGCCCCUCUGCCCCACCCACCUCCAGGACCUCUUCUGGAAAUGUCUGGGUCACCCAUGAAGAGAUGGAAACUCUGGCAAAAUCCACUAAAACAACACUGGCCUAUGGGGACAUGAAUCAUGAGUGGAUUGGGAAUGAGUGGCUGCCCAGCCUGGGGCUCCCCCAGUACCGCAGCUACUUCAUGGAGUGCCUGGUGGACGCUCGCAUGCUGGAUCAUCUCACCAAGAAGGACCUCCGGGUCCACCUGAAGAUGGUGGACAGCUUCCACCGAACCAGUCUUCAGUAUGGCAUCAUGUGCCUGAAGAGGCUGAAUUAUGACCGGAAGGAGCUGGAGAAGAGGCGGGAGGAAAGUCAGCAUGAGAUCAAGGAUGUGCUGGUUUGGACCAACGACCAGGUGGUGCAUUGGGUCCAGUCUAUUGGGCUCCGGGACUACGCUGGAAACCUGCAUGAGAGUGGUGUGCAUGGUGCUCUGCUGGCCCUGGACGAGAACUUCGACCACAACACAUUGGCCCUGGUCCUCCAGAUUCCCACUCAGAAUACCCAGGCACGCCAGGUGAUGGAGAGAGAGUUCAACAACCUGUUGGCCUUGGGCACAGACCGGAAGCUGGAUGAUGGGGAGGACAAGGUGUUCCGCCGCGCGCCCUCCUGGAGGAAACGCUUCCGGCCGCGGGACCACCACAGCGGCGGAAUGCUCGGCGGCUCGGCGGAGACUCCCGCAGGCUUCCGCGUGUCCACCCUGGGGUCCAUGCAGCCCCCACCGGCCCCGCCCAAGAAGACCAUGCCUGAAGCUCACUCCCAUUAUCUCUACGGACACAUGCUCUCCGCCUUCCGGGAUUAGGCACAGCCCCCAAGGCCGGCUUUCUCCUGCUUGGUUUCACAGGCUCGGAUAGCCCUGACCCCUCCUGCUCGGUUCCCUUACUCCCAGGGCUCCUAGUCUCAUCCGUGACUUUCCAGUGCCCAGAAUAUAAGAAUAUACACGUCUACCCCCUCGGCAUCCCACUAUCCAAAGUCCAACGUGUGUCCCUUGUCAGGCUCUUUGGGACAUGGCUACGUCUCCUAGUGCCGUGGAGGCAACCAGGUUGUCCAUGCUUGUGGGUCUGCUGGGGAGAGAGGAAGGCAGCCCAAGAUGGAUGGACUCCACCCUGCCUCUUCCGCAUCUAGCUGGUUUGGAAUGCAACUUCCAACAGAGACCAGGACAGGGCAUCUAGGGCUGGGGGUGGCCCUUCCCAGAAAGGGGCACUUCGGGCUUCCUUGCUUGGGUCAUUUGGUCUCUGCCCUAGUCUGGAGCCCAGAAACAAGAGGUUUCUGUCUACUUCUGGGUUGGACUAGAUGGUCUACAUCUGAUUUUGGCACCCUCACCCUGCCUCCCCCACCUCAUCUGCACAGUUGCACUGCAGCUCCUGCUUCACCUUCAGGACCUCCUUAGGGCCUGGGAAGGGCUGCGGAGGGUUCCAUUCUUCCUGAGGAUGAUGAGGCUGGGAAGAGUGAAGGCUAAGGUGGAGACGCCAGGCUCUGGUUUAAGUUGAAUCCCAAACACCUAGCCUAAGGAUGGGGGAACUUUCAGCCCUCCUGCCCAGUGAGAGGUGCAGGCCAGGUCAGCUGGAGGAAGAGCCAAUGGCCUGUGGUAGCCUUAAGCCCAAAUGGCAGUGGGAAUGCCUCCUGCACCAACCAUGUGGUGGAGCUGCUGCUGGGCUCAGGGGAGGGGAGGGAUUGUGUGGAUGUCUUGGCUCUGGGGCAGAACAGAGCUAACCAUGCACUGGCAGCUAUGCUCCCAACGUCCCUUCCCUUGCUGUCCCUCUUGGCCCCACUUCUUUGAUGAUCCCAGCCCCAUAAGAAUACACUUAAUGGGUGGAUUGAAUAUACACUAUCUUUAAAAUCUGGUAAUGUGGGGCUUCCUUCCCCUCAUCUCCUUGGAAGAAAAUAAAGCUUCCUCUUUAGUGAAUCAUGUCCAAGGUCCAGGAAAUCCAGUGUUGGUGAAGGCUGUCAUUCUCCUGCAUAUCUGCAAGCCACCACCCCUUGUAUAGGGCUCUUUUGUUGUGCAGGGACUGCCUCCUCCAGAAAUUCCUGAGACCUGCCUAGUUUCAGUUGCUUUCCCCAGCAGCAUGGCAGCAUCCGUGGCUGAGGGAUACAGGUUGUGGUUUGGUUGAAAUGUCAUUUCCAAGAAAUCUCUCCUUUUCUCCCAUUUACUCAUCCUGCUAAGGUGUCUGAAAGUGUAUGGGACCCAGGGCUUCAUCCAAGUGAGAGGAGAGGAGAAGUAUUUAGAGCAUGUUUCUUGGAGAGGGGCCAGUGCAGUGCCACCUUGCAGGUUUGCAGGCUGAUGACUUGGGUUCCGAGCAGGAGCUUGGCUAGCAGGUGGGAUGAUGGGUUGGAAGCACCCUGUCCGGAAGGAGUAAUGGAGCCUGGGGCAGUGCCAGGCUUACAGCCUCCUGCUGCUUUGCAGUAGAGGAGAGGUCCACCAGUGGUGGGGCUGGAUAGGUUCCCACAGGUGUGGGCAAGGCAUCCACCUGCCCUUGCUCUCCCUCAUUGUUCCCUGUCCUCCCUGUCAGGAUGCUGGGAAAGGAGCUGGAGGAGUUUUUGAGCAGCAAAUGAGUGGGAUGGAGAGAAAGAGCACCUGUCCCUGGGUAAUGGACGUUAAGAUUAUGGAAAAACCCCAGAUUUCUAAGAUUAGUGAAGUUGGAGACCACAGGGCCAUCUGACUCCUUCAGGGAACUCUGAUGGGCUAGCCGAUGGGAAGUUCAGCCCUAGCCUCUCCUCUACAACGUAGCCCUCUCAUGGUUGGUCACAUCAUAAGGCAUCAGCCAGGAGAACCCAGGUCUCUCAGGGCGUCUUGGAAUAUAUUGCAGGGAGGUGACGAAGAAGAGGAACUUCUGCAUACAUGAUAGAAGGCUCUCGUCUUGGCGUACCUCUUGUCUCACAAUCAAUGUACUUUUUAUUUGGAGAGUCACCGGUGACCUGCCUCACCAGCCUCCUGUAUCUAGUCAGGUCCCUUCUCAGUACUGUACUGGUUCAGUGCAUCAGGAAUGGGUGUAUGGGUGUGUAUGAGUGUGAGUGUGGGUAUGUACAUACCAAUAAACAACCUGGUUUUGAGACAGCA